ACUCCAAAAUAAGUUGCAGUUGCAGUUGCAGAUACAGAUUCGGGUUCGGAUUGAGAUACAGAUACACAGAGACAGAGAUACAGCGGAUCGAGACUAGAUAUACAGGCUAUAACCAAGCAGUGAAGGAAAAAGGAGCCUGAAAAUGCCAUUCCCCAUCCAUCCGCCCAAGCAGAUGCCCUGCCCCCACUGGCAGCACUUCCCCAUCAGCCCGGUGGACAGCAAGCCCAAUCCUUUCGAUUCCGUGGGCGGAGCGGCGGCAGCGGCCACCCAGGUCAACAUAGGGGUUAACAAACCCCCGGAGCCGGUAUCCUAUCGCUAUUGUUUGCAGUGUAAGGCCUCCGGCAGGGAGUCACCGAACACCGCCGACAGGGAGUAACGUAGUCCCCCGAAACUUUGGAGGUGACCCAUUCAACCCAAAACCAAUCAGCCAUCACCUGUAAUCAACCACUUCACUAGAGGACGCACUUGGAAAGCCAAUUUAAAAAAAAGGAAAAACAAUCACAAGAAGCGCAGAACAAAGUUUUGAUUUUAAGAGAUAAAUGAUAUUUUCCAUUUCAAAUUCAGA